AUGUCGCUCGAAGCGGCGCUCGAGGAAGAGCGCCAGCAGAUUGAGGAGCUUCUGCAGCAGUCGAACCAAUCUCGUGGUCCCCCUUCCAUCGGUAGCGCCCGAUCCCCAUCACCCUUCAUGAGCUCCCGGUCGCCGGUUCGAAGCAUGCUAGACAUUGGGGAGACUAAGAAGAGCCCUCCGCAGGCGCCAUACCGUAGCAUGUUGGAUCUCGGUGGUCCUCCAGCUCCUUCUGCCCCCCGUAGAAGCAUGCUGGAUAUCGCUGGGGCACCAGCGCAGUCAGCACCGUCGAGUGCGCAAACAUCGCCCAUCCUGACCAGUCACAGAGCUUCUCUUAUGCCUCAGUCAUCUCAACACCAUAGAAGCAUGUCUGAUGCCGCCAGCAAGCCUGUUGACUUUGGCCCCCGCUCGCCCCCGAUCCCAAGAGACAGGAAUAACGAUCCCACUGCCGCAUAUCAGUUCUCCGAUAUUUAUGCUACCAAUGUCGGCCAGGCGCUGCCGGGUUACAAGCGAUCAUCGCAAACCGGCGGUGCUCGUUCAAGCUCCAUCGGAGAUGCUCUACGUGGCGAGCUGUCCAACCUCACACUGCCUGGUGACGGAAGAAAACAGUCGCAGUACUCUCUCAGGCCCAACAGCAAGUCGAAGUCCCCAAGCAAUCGAUUUUCUGUGCGUUCCAGCUCUCCAGGUGGUGGCUUGCUUGGGAACCGUAACCGCAAUGAAUUGUCGGGAACCAUGAUGCUGGACAACGGUACCGUUAUCGACAUGAACAACGCCUACCGUAGACUCUCCGACGCCAACUUGAUCUAUGGUUCCCCGGGUCUGGCAUCAUACACACGGAAGAAGGCAGAGUCGGAGGGGCAUGGUCGUUUAGAAAAGUCCAACAUGAGUCCUUACGGAGAGCUUUUGCCCGAUGACGAUAGCGACGAUGACGUGGCUAACACCUCCGACGAGGAAGAUCAUCGAGGCCGGAAACUCACGACCAGAGGUGAAAGCAGCGGAGAUGAUGCGGCUUUGGGCGGCGCUAGAACUGCGAAGAGUCUCCUAGCUGCUGCCGAAGACGAGCGUAAACAGGUCGCAGCGCAGCCUCAGUACAGGUCGCUGUUCGAGCCAGAGAUCACAGUUACGAGUCCGACGGGGGAGAGGAAGCAGAGAGCGAGACAGUUUGUCCAGCCUGCGACUAGCUUCGAUCAGGAACCUCAUUCUGGCUCUCACACACCUCUUGACCUCGAGCUCGAAUCUAGUGUGUCCGCCAUCAAGCAUGCUCAGAAACUAGAAGUAACGUCAACCCCCAUCAUCAAUACGCCCGAGGUCCAUAGGUCCAUCCGCAUCAUUUUCCGUGGCGAAUAUAAUAGAAUCCAGCGAGAUGCUGAAGAGGAGCACCGCCGUCUGCGCAAGUACGUGGUCGCCACGGAUCUUAGCGAUGAGUCUACCCACGCUCUGGAAUGGGCCAUUGGUACCGUUUUACGAGAUGGGGACACUCUGAUUGCCAUCUACUGCAUGGACGAAGAAGCUACCGGCUCUGCUGAUCCAGCGAGCCAGGUCCCCGAUGAUCCCAAAUCGAUGAGAGAGCAAGCAGCGGCUAUCAAUGCCAUGACGAAGAACGCCAAGAUUCCUCAACGACCUGGCAGCCCGAAUCCAUUCAACCUCCACCUUUCGGCCAUAUCUCCGUAUGUAAGGUCGGCCGAAGGUGGAAGCGCUACACCGUCUCCGGCGCCGUCACUCAGAGGAAAGUCUAGGACAGAAGAGGAACGUGAGAGAGCGGUGCAGGACAUCACGGAUCGUGUCUCGAAGCUAUUGCGCAAGACGCAACUGCAGGUCCGAGUAAUCGUGGAGUGUAUUCAUUGCAAGAACCCGAAGCAUCUCAUUACCGAGGUGAUCGACCUGGUCAGUCCUACACUCGUGAUUCUUGGUAGCCGCGGGCGCAGUGCACUGAAAGGGACGCUUCUCGGGUCCUUUUCUAACUAUUUGGUUACAAAAAGCUCCGUCCCAGUCAUGGUGGCCCGCAAACGGCUGCGCAAGAAGAGCAAGUAUCAACCGCCGCCCAUGAAGCAAGUCAAUAACUUAGCCAACCCAGCCGCUCGGAGUCUAGAGAUGGCGAGGAUCGAUUAG